GGGGAUGCCUCGUUAAAAACCUCAUUAGGAAAAACCCUGUGGGAAAAAAUCCUAAUGACGGAAAAAGAGCGCACCGAAUUCCCCCAACGAUGAAUCGAAAAUGUGAAACCUUGGUCCAAAAUGGAGAAUAACGGUAAUGCUGAAGGCUCUCCUUGUUCUGAGGGCUCAUGUGUUGAAUAGCCGGAGGCUUGUCGUUGAUGUCAUGGGAGGUGCCGAAGGGGAGCCCCUCAAUCUAGGGAUCGAGGGCGUGAUGGAUGAGGGCAGUAGUUGAAUUGUUACCGGGGUGUCCCUUGCUUGUUGAUUAGUUGGUGAUGAGGAUAUCCGAGGGCUCCCAUUACCUGUGUGCCGUAGGCUAUCCGUCAAUGAGGCAUACUCCCUGGGGGCUACCCGACCCUUACAGUGCUGAGGGGGAAUCCCCGAGGGGUGGCCUGAUAUGAAGCCUUGGGCUUCUGAAGGAGUGAUCCCGAAAGCGACUGUUAUGUGCUGUGUGGGGCACAACCCGGGGGCGUCUCUGGGUAAGUGUACCCGGAGGCUCUCCUUGAUGAAGUGGAGUGAAGUAAGAAAAUCCGGGGGCUCUGUAACACCCCGGCCCCGCAGGCCCCGAGGUAGUUACUCCAGACCUCUAGUACUGUCCCCACAAACCACCACGAGCCUUUAUCGCGCACUUUGUCCUCACUCGUGCGCGCCCUGAGAAACUUCCCAGGGGGGUCACCCAUCCCAAGACUACUCCCGUGCAAGCACGCUUAACUUUGGAGUUCUUGGGUGAUGAGCUCCCUUAAAAGGAGAUGCACCUCUGUUGGUAUGAGUAGUACUAUUAAUCCUUUUAAAUUAAAUCUCAAGUGUUACAAUCACCCCCACUUAGGAACGCAACGUCCUCGUUGUGCCCAUAAACCAAUCUCAAUCAUAUCCCAGAAUCUUUUCCCCUGCUAAGUGCCCGCCCGAUAUCCAACGAAUCAGCACACUGUCGCAGGGUUGCUCUGAUACCAUUUGUAACACCCCGGCCCCGCAGGCCCCGAGGUAGUUACUCCAGACCUCUAGUACUGUCCCCACAAACCACCACGAGCCUUUAUCGCGCACUUUGUCCUCACUCGUGCGCGCCCUGAGAAACUUCCCAGGGGGGUCACCCAUCCCAAGACUACUCCCGUGCAAGCACGCUUAACUUUGGAGUUCUUGGGUGAUGAGCUCCCUUAAAAGGAGAUGCACCUCUGUUGGUAUGAGUAGUACUAUUAAUCCUUUUAAAUUAAAUCUCAAGUGUUACAGGCUCCCAGAAUAUAGCCAUUGGGAAUAUAGCCGUUGGAAUAUGUAACGUCAGGAUAUAGCCGUUGGGGGGGAGUACACGUGGCGCGUGAUGGUUGGCUGUCCGUGGGCGGCGUCACCGGUUGGGCGAAGACACGGCGUGUAAUGAUGACAGUCCAUCCGGAGGCCCGGUUUCCAGGCCCAAGCCCGGAUUCCAGCGCCUAUAAAUACCCAUGGUCGGGCUUCCUUCCCCUUGUGCAAAAUCCUUAUAGCGAAGCUCUGCCAAAUUUUCUAGAGAGAGAAACAGCAGCCCUCGAUCAGAUUCUAAGGUCAGUUCUCCAUUCGCACUUCACCUCUUAGCUAGCUGUCUUUGUGGCCUUAGAUUAGGUGGGUAGCUUAGAGUACUUAGCGUCUCCGAACCCUCGACGUAGUAUAGCAAUGUCUUCACAGAGUGAUUCUCAAGACAUCUCGGGGGCGCCCUCGAUGGAGGAUGAAGUCCUCUCGGAUGUGGAGUCCUCAAACGAACAGUCCUCGGCCCAGGAGGAUGUUGCGAUGGCAGUAGAAGUGCAGAAGGAGCUGUUGGCUGAAGUUGAAGCCGAGGGCUUCGAGCAGGAGGUGGAAGACGAAGAGCUGGCCCUCGCCAUGCAGGUUGCAGAGGAGGAGGAAGCAAAGGAGAGGAUGAGGGUGACCGUGGCCGUCCUUCCCCCUCAGGGUGCUGGUGAGGCAGGGAGCUCUCUACCCCUAGACCCGAUGCCGAUAAGAGUGGCCCCCGGGAACCAACCGGAGAAGAAAAAAACUGCACCCAAGAAGAAAAUUGUCGCUGCCGAUCAGGGGAAACCCAUAGAUGUGCCCGAGGGGUAUUCCUGGCUCAACACUGCUGCCCUGGAGAUUGGCUCGAAGGCUGAUAGGGAGGACAUGUAUGUGACCCAGCUGCACGUGGGGCCCUCGGUUGUGGUGGUGGCGCCGGGCCCAGACGACGUUCUUUCCCGGGCCCCCGAGGGGUGCAUUGCUGUGCACGUCCUGUCGGUGUCAAUGGGGCUCCGGUUCCCCCUGCACCCAUUCCUUCGGAAAUAUCUCCGGUAUGUGGGCUUGGUCCCCUGCCAGGUGACGCCCAACAGCCACUCCUACGUGGCGGGCUUUCUGAACCUCUGCCGGGCCCGAGGGGUGACCCCCAGCUUGGACCUGUUUUUCCAGAGCCUCAACCUCUGCCGAGGGGGUCAUGCGAACGCCGAGGGGUUCGCCAAUCUGCAACAGGUGGCUCGGUGGAAGUUAUUCACGGAAGCGCCCUCGUCCAACAAAGACUGGAAGGAGAGGUGGUGUUACGUCAGGAUCGCCGAGAGCCCAUUCCCGAUGGAGCUUAGGGAUCGCUUCCGUAGGCAUCCGAAAGUUGGAAGUGCUGCAUUGGAGAAGGAUGGCUCGAUAAUAGCCAAAAUCCCGGCGGGCCGCACGAAGCAAGUGUCCAUCAAGGACUUCACUGCUGACAAGGAGCUCUUUGCCCUCGGCUUCCGCAGAUAUCGCUUCCUUGGCGAAACAGAUGAGAAGUAUCCCGUGCUGACAGGAAGUAGUCUCCGAGGGCCUCCCCCCCUUUUAUUUUUUUCCUUUUUUUUGUACUUAGAAUCUUCCCCUCUCCUUUUCUUUCGCUCUUUUCUCUUUCGGUCUAACCCAUUUGUUUGUGUUUGCAGGAGUUAGCAUGGAUGUCGGCAAACUCUUCGCCCUGAAGAAGAAGAAAGGCAAGUCCCAGGCCCAAAAGAAGGACCCUUCGGUCCAACCGCCCGUGGGAGCCUUCUUCCAAAAAGAGGUCCCGGAGCCCUCUGCUGCUGAGGGGGUCGUUGGUGUGGCGGAGGGGGCCACAAAGAAGAAGAAGAAGGGGGGCAAGGUGGUUGAGCCCCCGGCCAAGAAGCAGCGGGGCACAGGGGGCACUGUCGCCAAGGAUGCCCCCUUGGUGGUCAUCGAGGACCGCCCCUCUUCGGACCCCCCGGUUGAUACUGCGGUGAUGGCCCAAUCCAAUCCUCCCCUGAGAAGCCCCCCUCGGGAGAUCCUGCAGCUCUCUCUGGCCCCGGGGGCUUCUGUUCUACACAGCUCGGCGGAGCCGAAAGCUUUCCUGAGGGGGAUUACCUCGGUGAUGGACAAGACUGCCCUCUCCACUUACGAUGACGAGGCCCUCGAGAACAGGAUCCUCCAGUCUUCGCUAACUGUAAGUUUGCUCCCUUAGGUUUUGCGUUUUACUUUCAAUGUUCUUUUCAUGUUAAUCUGAUCCCUCUUUCUGUUGUUCUGCAGGCUUGCGUAGCCCUCGGGGAGCACGCGCGGAGGCUUGAGCAAUGGCGCCUCCGGAAGGCGGAGCAGGAUCGGGAGAUGAAGGAGCUCGUCCUGAAGAACUCCGAGGCCGUGAAGCAGAUGGCGAUGCUGGAGGAAGAUCUCCGGAAGGCUGCUGAGGACAAAGUUGCAGCGGAGGAAGCCACGCAGGAGGCUGAGAGGGCAGCCAAGAAAGCUGCCGAGGAGGCGGAGAUAGCUAAGGCCGAGGCCAUCGCCAAAGCCCGAGAAGAAGUUGUCGUCGUAUUCAUGGCCGAGGGCUGGAAAGCCGAAGAUAGGCGGCAGUGGGUGGCCUCGGUCAUAGAGUCAUCGGUAGACGACUGGGUGAAGGGCCCCGGGGGAGACUGGAUGGCGGAGAAGGGAGAUAGUUACUACCAAGGGGGUGAAUUCUUCACUCAGCACCUUGUGUAUCGGCGGCUGGCCAGACACUUCCAAGUCUCCCUCGAGGAGUUCGAUCCCUCAGCGUAUGGCCUUCCUCCUUUGCAGCCAGACGUGAGAAACCCCCUCCCCCCGGGCGAAGAGAGGCCCGUGAUCCAUGACUCCAUGAUGAUGGGGGGAUCCGGCGAUGGUGAUGCCGAGGACGCCAUCGGGGAGGAGGUCACUUCGAAGCCCGCCGAGGAGGCCACGGCAGAAGACAACACUUGUACUUAGUAGCUUUUGAAUACCUUUGCUUUUCGUUUGUAAUGAAUAUUCGUGUACUCUCGGCCUCGGCCAUAUUGUAACACAUAUACUUUAACUCCUCCCUGAAUGCAUGAAUGUUUGCCUUCGGGCUUUCUGUAUAGUUCGUUUCCUCCGAGUGUUUUUCCUUGGAUGUAUGCCUUCGUUUCGUUUUGAAUGUAUGCCUUUGCUCCUUUGAAUGUAUGCUUAGGACUUAGGAAAUAUUCUUCCAAGUGUUUGAAUACAGUUUUUAGCCUUCGGUAGUUGGGCGCCCCUCGCUGGAUAUACAACCGACGGCCCAGCAAUAGUUAGGACUUAGAAUUUUUUCUAAGUGUAGCCUCCCAUUGGAAGCCCUCGGCUGGCAGCCUCCUUCCUGAUGUGUGAA